CUAAAUAUUAUGUGAAAUGUGUUUGUUGAAGCUCACUUCACAUGUGAGGAUAACAUUUUCUUCAACCCCGCCAAAGCUUCCAAAGCUUCAGCUUCAGCUUCAUUUACAUCAUCCACCAAACACAAUUCUCCAUCAACCAUAUACCCAGAUUUCCAAAUGAAGCGGUGACAAUGGUGUGUGAUCUCUCAAAUACUUCCAUGCUUGCUCUAACAAUGUAAAGUCUAAACAAUACCUGACGACGCACACGAUCGAUAAUGGUAAGUCCAUCCAAAUACCCCUCCAAUCCACCUCCAUAUCAGCAAUCCCCUACUACAGCCACCUCAACUCUAGCACUAUACUAACACAACCACCAGCCCACAAAACCGACAUCUUCUCUCUCGCUGUAACACCCACCUCCAUCCUCUCCGCCUCGGGCACAUCAACCCUCAAAAUCCACAGCACGCUCACCACACCCCCCUCCCUCACCCAAUCACUACCCGCCCACAAACUCGGCUGCCAUCACAUCUGUACCUCUCGAUCUGGGACCGUCGCCGCAUCCGCUGGAUUCGAUGGUACAGUUAGUAUUUGGACAAAUACAGAAUCCAAGAACGAAAACGGCGUGGAAGAAUGGUCGCAUCAUGGUCAUGUUCUCGAUGGUAAUAAACCAGGUGAGAUAUGGGCGCUGGCUUUAAGUGCAGAUGGACAAUUCCUCGCGGGUACAAAUGUAGAUGGGAAGAUUGGGGUGUGGGAUUUAUUACAAGUAGGUGAAGAAGGGAAGGGGGAUAAUGCGAAUGCGGGAAAGAAAAGCGUAGGCAAGAAAAUUCGCGAAUAUGAGACGAAGGGGAGUUUUGGGUUAUGUGUGGAUAUUAGUGCGGAUGGAAGGUUUACGGCUAGUGGUCAUGAGAAUGGAGGGGUUUAUGUCUUUAAUAAUGACACGGGGAGGAUGGUGCAUAGUUUACCUGGUGAGUUCUUUGAGGGGGUGGAGUCGGCGACAGGAGUAGGAGAUAGGACUAACACAACCAGGCCUCAUCCAACCAAUCCGCACCCUUGCCUUCUCACCCCUCUCUACCUAUCUCGCUGCGGCUGGAGACUCCGCAACUAUAGCCCUUUACUCCGUUGCCCAUGGCGAACAAGUCGCUAACAUGACCGGCCACACUGCAUGGAUUUUCAGCAUAGACUGGAGUUUUACAGGUGAGUAUCUGGCUAGCGGUGGAUGGGAUGGCAAAGUAAAGGUGUGGAGUGUAGAGGGUAGAAAUUGCGUAGCAACGCAUAGUGAGACGGAUAAAGCGCUUUGGGCAGUGAAGUGGUUGCCGAAAGUACAGGGCAGGAGUGAGGCGUUUGUUACAGGGGGAGCAAAUGGAAGUUUGAGUUUCUAUAGGGAGGCUACUGGUGGUUGAGUGAUGAGAUCAUGAGAUGAUGGUUCUAGGCUUGAGUGAAAGAAGCUUUGCUUCGGCUGCUGAUUGAGGAGCACGGGGGACGGGGGACAAAUCUCCAAUAGUAUGCAUCACCAAGGGUAUGGAGCUAUAGUAUUUAAGGCAUAAACAAAAGUUCCAAUAGAGGGCUAUCUAUAUGGCUACAAGUACAGACAGCUACGUACUAGAUAGCUAAAGAUAUCACAAAAACUACAAUCAAACAAGGAUACUGCAAGUUGCGGAUCAUCUCUCUAUUAUCGUCUAUAUUAUACAUCUCUGAAGCAAAGCAA